AUGAGGUCUUUAGCUUUCAUUCUGAUAGGGCUGGUAGCUCACGCUGCCUUAGGAUCCAUGUUUAGUAAAGAUCCAAUCAGCAUUAAAAAUAACUUCGUGUAUGGAUAUCUUUCCACAGUUGGCUUUCAAUUGGCUACUAAAAUACGUCAAGCCGAAGAAGAACCCUUUAAACUUAGCCCAAAACAAGAGCCUUCUAUGGAACCGUCUAGUAGAAUCGUAGAGGGUUUUGCUGCUAAGCUAGGAGAUUUUCCAUACCAGGCUGGCCUUAUUGCGGACGUUACCGGUGGGUUAAGUGUUUGUGGCGGUUCUCUACUUAAUGAGAGGAGAGUUCUUACUGCUGCUCAUUGUUGGCAUGAUGGUCAACAACAAGCAAGAGGAUUUGUCGUUGUUCUUGGUUCGCUUACCCUAUUCAGUGGUGGAAUAAGGAUUCAGACCUCGAAAGUUGUAAUGCACAACAAAUAUAAUCCAGUGACUAAACGCAAUGACAUAGCAAUGAUUUAUUUAUCGAAAACUAUCCGAUUCUCGAAUAUCAUCAGUCCCAUCGCUUUGCCCUCACGAAAGGAUGUGAACAAAAAUUUUGUUGGCGACACGGCAAUUGCUUCUGGCUUUGGCUUAACCAGAGACGGUGAAAAAUUACAUUCGAAAACAUUUCUGAGCUUCGUUAAAUUAAAAGUCAUCAGCAACUCACAAUGCCGUCAAGGUUUCCAGAUCGUACGGCGCUCCAAUAUUUGUAGCAAGGGUGUUAGGGGCGAGAACGUCUGCGGGGGUGACUCUGGUGGUCCUCUUGUAAUCACUAGACGCAAAAAACGAAUCUUGAUCGGCGUGACCUCUUUCGGAACUACCCGUAGGUGUCAGAACAGUCUUCCCAGUGCAUUUACAAGGGUUACCUCUUACAUCGAUUGGAUCAAUAAUCUACUGUCAUAA